CCCUCCCAGAAGCCCAGCCGGGCUGGGCUGGGCUCAGUCACUGGGGCUCGUUCGGGGUGUGAGGAGCACUGCCCAGGCAGGUGGGCAGGAGGGUGGGCAGGAACAUGGGCAGGAAAGACCCUGCACGCCCGGGGCGCCAUCGGCGAGGGCACCUGGUGGCUCUGACCAUGAGCCUCUUCCUCACCUGCUGGCCAGGCCCCACUGCAUCAACGGCAUCUACCCAGUCCUUGACAAGACCACACAGCAACACCCACAUCACACUGGAGAAUUCUAGACCCACAGGGACCACAGAUUCAACCAGCAUCAGCAAAACCAGUACUUUAACUUCUGGAGAACAAAGGAGUCCUGAGAACAUCAACCUUUCCAGCGUUUCAGGAGUGACAACUACCUCUCCUUCUACCAUCUUUGUCCCAGAGAACACCAUCAGCCAUUCAACAAUGGCUGAAAAUGAGACCAAGGGAACUUUGAGUGCCUCUAUAUCUCCACCUGAGACCUCUGUUACUGAAAGAAGACACAGUUGGGGUACCAGCUCUAACACCUCAGAUUUGAGCACUGUUGACAGCCAGCAAGAAAGGUCUACUCAGGUCUCUCCAUCACACACAGCAGGGGAGCUCAGAAGUCCUGACACCACUGCUGAUGGGUAUAGCCCCAGCACAACUGCCCCCGGGAGCUCUGCCGUCUCCAGGACCCUAGAUUCCAGCACCUCAUCCGAAGAAAUGUGGGCCGGCACAGGUACAAGUGAACCCUCAAAUGAACUCCAGUCCACCUGGGGGACAGAGACAAGUCCUACAGAGGAAACAGUGACCACUGACACAGGCCCUAUCCACACGGUGGUUUCUGAGUCCACUGAGCCAAGCACAAGCUUCACUGAAACAGCAUCACCUGGAGAAACAUCUUCAGACACAUCCACCCUAGAAGCCACCGCUGGCCCAACCGCUGAGGAGAUUACACCUUCCACUGAGAUCACACGGACAGGUGACAGUGACACAAGUAUCAGUCAGGAUACAACACCCCUACCUACAGGAGCCACAGCUCCAUCUGAAACAGCUGUAGGUUUGACUCCGGCCUUCGGUUCUGCCCCUGUGUCCAUGCGGACAGCAGUGAUCAUGCUGGAUCCUGGCUCCAGUGCUCCAGGAGGGACAACCCCAACACCAAGCAAGACUUCUUCCAAAACGCCUGGGAAGCCAGAUUCUAAGGAGGGAACCAGCCAGGUUCUGACUCUAUCCAACGCUGAGCAUCACUUCUCCUCUCCUGACACCAGCCCACCAGGAGACCUCAUGACCCCCACCAGCGUUCCUCUGCUCUUGUCCACCUCCAUUACUGAUCCUACAGGAUCACAGUCCAGCUCAUCUUCAGACCACAUGGUCACCUCCUCCAAGGACACAGAGACUCCUGGGAGCACAGAAAGGACAGAGCCAAACUCAGCUUUUCUUCUUUCCAGAACAUCAAGUCAUACAGAAACCAGUGCUGAAAGAGUCAGAGGUACGACUUUCCCUCUGGACCACCCAUCUCCCUCAGGGGAAGGGACAGCAAGGACUGUCCUCAUGCCUAGUACAUCCCCUGAUGCCACAGACUCACCUCCCAUCACAACAGCCAGCACCUUGGUUUUGGAAGUUUCAGCUGGUCUGGCCACCCUCAGCAUCACCCAGGUUCCAGGAGUGAAAACUGCAUCCCCUUCCACCACCUCCGUCUCAGAGGAGACCAGUACUCAUCCAUCUAUGAUUGAGAAACAUACCAGAGAACCUUUGACUGCACCUGUAGCCCCAUCUGUGACCUCUGCUCCUGGAAGGGAGAAUAAUUCAGCCACCACUUCUGCCCCCUCCCCAGGCUUCAGUUCUGCAGACGGCAGGGGGACAAGCUCAAUUCAGGUCUCAAAAUCCCAUCCAGGAUGGGAGCUCAGAACACCACACACCACUUCUGAAAGACACAGCCCCAGCACAACUGCCCCUGAGAGCUCAGACAUCUCCAGGACACUUGAUUCCAGCACCCCAGGAGAAGCAUCAUGGACCAAUGCAGGUACAAGUGAACCCUCAACUGAACCCCAGUCCACCUGGGGGACAGAGACAAGUUCUGGAGAGGAAACAGUGACCAGUGAGACAGGCCGUAUCAACACCUCCUAUGAUACCUGGGUGGAGUCUGAGUCCACUGAGCCAAGCACAAGCUUCACUGAAACAGCAUCACCUGGAGAAACAUCUUCAGACACACCCACCCUAGAAGCCGCAACCAGACAAACCACGGAGGAGUUUAUGUCUCCCACUGAGAUCUCUCAGACAGGUGACAGCAACACAAGGACCAGCCAGGAUAUGACCUACCCAACUACCAGAGACACAGCUUCCUCUGAAACUACUACACACUUGACCCCGGCCGUCAGCAGUGCCCCAGUGUCCAUGGCUACAGCGGUGAUCACAGCGGCUCCUGGCUCAAGUGCUCCAGCAGGGACAACCCCAACACCAAGCAAGGUUUCUUCUGCAAUUCCAGAAGUCUUAUCUACAGGGAAUCCUGGUUCUGGAGAGCCAAGCAGCUGGGGUCUGACUCCAUCAACCUCCAGACAUCAUUUUUUCUCUCCUGAAACCGGCCCUGCAGGAGACAUCAUGAAAAGCACCAGCCCUCCUCUGCUGAUGUCCACUUCAAUUCCUGAUGGUACAGCAUCAGGGCUCGGCACAUCCUCAGAUCUUACGUUCACCUCCUCUGUGCACACAGAGACCUCUGAGACCACAGCAAAGACAGAGCCCAGCUCGGCCUCCCCUCUCUCCAGUACACUCAGUAAUGCAGAAACAAGUACCGAAAGAGUCAGAGGGUCAGUGGCAACCACCACCAUGGAUCUGAAGGAACCUGUAGGCACCACGCAGCUAAAGGGUAGCUUCACAUCUCUGAAGACCAUCAGUCUGGGGCCAAAUGAGUCUGUGGCCACUAUCGCCAGGGAGCCAAGUCAAGGAGAACGUGGAGGUGCCGCUCAGCCAACCAGUAAUCCUGCAUCUCUUAUGACUACGAUCAGUGUGGGUAUGUCCACAAGAAGCCCAGAAAUGGCUACAGCCUUGAAAAUUAUAAGCUCCCAGGAGCCCAGCAUCAGCCCAGAGAUCAGGUAUACUCUGGAAAAUUCUCAGAAGACUUCAACAGCAGCUGUCCCUAUGGUGACCACUGUGGAACCAGGCACCCUUCAGUCCAUGGCCACAGGGAGUGGCCGCAUCAGCCUCCCGCACUCACCCUCAGGAUUCAUGACAGCAGCCAAGUCACCAGCAAGAGGAACAACUACAGAAUGGGUCUCAGGCUCCCCAUCUGAGGACUGGACCAACACUCACCUUGGGACUCCAGAAGGGACCAACAAGUCACCGGGCACAGUGUCCUCUAUCCCCCUAGGCUCAGCUCCUAAAGUCACCAUAGGGACUAGUCCACAAAGCAGCCCAACUCAGAUUCCAAGGACAACUGGAAUGAGGUCAGAGCAGACAGCUGGGAGGGACCUGACUCUUGGUGGAUCUCCUGGGACCACAGACAUAUUGCCUAAAACCUCCAUAGAACCAACCAUAUUAGCAACUCUGACCUCUGAAAGCCAAGCCAUGACCAGCCUCACUAAUGCCUCAGAAGGAAAAACAACCUCUUCACCACCUGUCACAUUCCCCUCAAUGGGGUCUAAGAUGCUGGCGGCCAUUACAAGUAUAGUGACCAGUGAUGUGGCCUCUAAUCUUGGGCAACUAUCACAGACCUCAUCUCCUGCAGCAGUGAGCACCACGGAGGUAACCACAGUCCUCACUCCAAGUAUCACCACCAUGGAAACCAACUCAGUCUUGACUACCAAGCCCAAGCCAGAGGAGAGUGUGAGCACCAUGGACAGCACCCUGGCCACAGAGACCAGCACAUCUGCUCUUGAGCACCCACUCAUGUGGCCAUCCACAGCUUCACCAGCCCCAACGUUUGGUCCCUGGACCAUUCCAAACAUGACUUCAAGCUUGGAAGCCACAGGUUCUCCUACAGCAAUUUCUGCAAUGGGUACAACUUCAUCCUUAGCAUCAAGCACUGAGUCAGGCUCUGAGGCUACCCCCCAUGACCUUGUGGCUGCCUUCAGGACCAGCCUAACCAUUCCCUCCUCCUAUUCAGCUGAAAAGACAGAGGCCAGCACAAGUGUAAGAACAUCGAGUCCUUCAGAGGAGACUGCAUCUGUGCCCAUCUCAACUUCUGUUGUUGAGAGGAUGAGCACCUCAUUUGCUGGCACUUUAAGCACCAGUUGGACUCCCAGUAGAAGACAAACGGAAGCCAUGCAUGUCUCAGUGGCUUCCAUGGACCAUCCAGAUACAAAGAUUAGCCCCAAGGUCCUCCCAUCCACUCCUCUGCCUGAUUCUCUGUCCACUCAUGACUGGGUCACCAGGAGUUCCAUGUCAUCAGCCAUAACCACUACCUCAGCUCAUCAAGGGGUCACAACUCCUUCCAAACGCCCUUUGGAGAACAUGAUCAGCACAACUACCUCUCAGCCAGAAACCUCCACGGGGGACAUUACAAGUAGGAUCACUCUUGCUACAAUAGUAAGUAGCCCUAAAGUCACUUUAUCGAGGAAGCCAGAUCUUACUAGCAAGGAAGCAGAGAAGAGUUCUACCCAGCUUUCCACCACCGCUGCUACAGAUCCAGGACAUUUGUCUAUACCAGAAGGGAACAGUACCUUCUCUCCUGUGCCCACAACCUCAGUUCUUACCUCUGACUUGGGAAAAACCACAGAAGUUUUGGGCACAAGCUUGGAACCUGUGACCAGUACAUCUGAAAGUGUGAACAACAUCUCACAGGAGAUACUAACCUCUUCAGAAGCCACCAGCGAUACAGAAACAACUCAUUCUUCAAGAAUCACAGCAGUAACUGAUAUGGGGAUCACUAGUUCAGCCAACACAGAGCCACCUGAAGCCACAUCUGCAGUGGUUAUCUCUUCUACCAUAAGAGAUACCAAUGUCUCCACAUCAACUCCAGACUCUUCCAAAACUGCACAGAUUGAGACAGAGCCAACAUCCUCCUUGACUGCUGGACUGAGGGAUACCAGCACCCAUCAGGAGGAAAGCUUAAGUAGAGAUCCUUCCAAAAACACAGCAGUAACCAAUAUGAGGACCACCAAUGAUGAACACAAAUCACGUUCCUUUGUCUCAGCUGACUCAGAACCAUCCAAAACUGUACUCCCAAUGAAUACAGCCAUCACCAUAGGGAAGACCACUGUUUCCAUCCCAAUGUCUAGCUUCUCUGAGACUCCAAGAACUGAAGCUGAGACAAGUUCCUCCUUGAUAUUUGAAAUGAGGGAAACCAGCACCUCCAAGGAAACAAGCUCAUUCACAGAGAAAACUACUAUCCUCCCUGAUAUGAACACUAGUUCUGUUACUGAGGUGACAAAGAUGGAAGACAGCACAGGUGCUGAAAAGAUGUCUUGGACAAGCCCUGCCUCUGUGGAAGAAACCAGCUCUCCAUCUUCCCCAGUGACUUUAUCUGCCGUGACAUCACCCUCCCCUGAGUCUCCCACAUUACCAGGAAGGAGCCCCUCCUCCCCUCCCCCUGUGACUUCACGUUUCACCCAUGGUGUGGCGAAGACCACAGACAUAUUGGGUACUGGCUUGGGACCUGUGACCAGUUCACCUUCAAUUGAGAUCAGCUCCACCACUGAGAUACUGUCCACCUCUGGAGUCUCCACAACUACAGAAGUGAUUCAGCCUUCCAAAAACACAGCUGAGACCCAUGGAGCCAACACAAGUUCUGGACAUGAAGCUCAUUCCUCUACCCCAGCUGACUCACAGCCAUCCGAUGUCACAUCUCCAGUUGUUACUCUUUCCACCUCUAGAGAGACCACUGUUUCCACAUCGGUUACUCACUCAACUGAAACAACGAUGAUUGAGACAGACUCCACAUCCUCUCUGAGCCCUGAACUUAGAGAGACAAGUGCCAUCCCACAGAACAGUUCAACCACAGAGAAAAUCAUUCUUCUUUCCAAAGUGCCCACUGAUACAACUACUGAGAUCUCUAAGACACAACCCAUUUCCUCCACCAGCACGUCCAGCCCUGGCCCCACUCAGUCCAACCUGUCACCAGACACUCCUAAAGGCAUCCUCACCAGCCUCUCUACCUCCCCCGUGACCACAGAAUCUGCAGAGAUGAUCAUCACCACCCAGACAGGUCCCUCUGAGGCUACAUCACAGGGCACACUUACCUUGAACACAGUGACCGAAGCCUCUGGGGCAGGGACUCACCCAGCUGUGACUCAGAGCUUUACACAUUCAGAGAUGAGCACUCUCAUGAGCAGGGGUCCCCAGGAUGUGUCUUGGACAAGCCCUGCCUCUGUGGAAGAAACCAGCUCUCCAUAUUCCCCAGUGACUUUAUCUGCCGUGACAUCACCCUCCCCUGAGUCUCCCACAUUACCAGGGAGGAGCCCCUCCUCUCCUUCCCCUGUGACUUCACUUUUCACCCAUGGUCUGGUGAAAGCCACAGAUAUAUUGGGCACUGGCUUGGCAUCUGUGACCAGUUCACCUUCGAUUGAGAUCAGUUCCACCACUGAGACACUGUCCACUUCUGGAAUCUCCACAAGUACAGAGAUGAUUCAGCCUUCAGAAAACACAGCUGAGACCCAUGGGGUCAACACAAGUUCUGGACCUGAAGCUCAUUCCUCUACCCCAGCUGACUCAGAGCCAUCCGAUGUCACAUCUCAAAUUGUUACUCCUUCCAGCUCUAGAGAGAACCCUGUUUCCACACCAGUGCCUCGCUCUACUGAAACUACGAUGAUUGAGACAGACUCCACAUCCUCUCUGAGCCCUGAACUUAGAGAGACCAGCACCAUCCAGCAGAACAUUUCGACCACAGAGAAAAUCACUCUUCUUUCCAAAGUGCCCACUGAUAUGACUACUGAGCUCUCUAAGACACAACCCAUCUCCUCCACCAGCAUCUCCAGCCCUGGCACCAUUCAAUCCACAGUGUCCCCAGACACUCCUAAAGGCAUCCUCACCAGCCUCUCCACAUCCCCUAUGACCACAGAAUCUGCAGAAAUGACCAUCACCAGCCAGACAGGUCUCCCUGAGGCUACAUCACAGGGCACACUUACCUUGAACACAGUGACCGAAGCCUCUGGGGCAGGGACUCACCCAGCUGUGACUCAGAGAUUUACACAUUCAGAGAUGAAUACUCUCAUGAGCAGGGGUCCCCAGGAUGUGUCUUGGACAAGCCCUGCCUCUGUGGAAGAAACCAGCUCUCCAUCUUCCCCAGUGACUUUAUCUGCCGUGACAUCACCCUCCCCUGAGUCUCCCACAUUACCAGGGAGGAGCUCCUCCUCUCCUCCCCCUGUGACUUCACUUCUUACCCAUGGUCUGGUGAAGACCACAGACACAUUGGGCACUGGCUUGGGACCUGUGACCAGUUCACCUUCCAUUAACAUCAGCUCCACCAUUGAGAUACUGUCCACUUCUGGAGUCUCCACAAGUACAGAGGCGAUUCAGCCUUCCAAAAGCACAGCCAGGACCCAUGGGGUCAACACAAGUUUUGGACCUGAAGUUCAUUCCUCUACCCCAGCUGACUCAGAGCCAUCCGAUGUCACAUCUCCAUUCAUUUCUGUUUCCACCUCUAGAGAGACUGCUGUUUCCACAGCAAUGCCCCACUCUACUGAAACUACGACAAUCGAGACAGACUCUACAUCCUCUCUGAGCCCUGAACUUAGAGAAACCAGCACCAUCCAGCAGAACAGUUCAACCACAGAGGAAAUCACUCUUCUUUCCAAAGUUCCCACUGAUACAACUACUGAGCUCUCUAAGACACAACCCGUCUCCUCCAGCAGCACGUUCAUCCCUGGCCCCACUCCAUCCACAGUGUCCCCAGACACCCCUGCAGGCAUCAUCACCAACCUCUCCGCAUCCCCUAUGACCACAGAAUCUGCAGAAAUGACCAUCACCAGCCAGACAGGUCUCCCUGAGGCUACAUCACAGGGCACACUUACCUUGGACACAUCAACCAGCUCUCCAUCUUCCUCAGUGCAUUCAUCUGCCAUGAUGUCACCCUCGCCUCAGUUCCCCAUAGUACCAGGGAAGAGCCCCUCCUCUCCCACCCCUGCAACCUCACUUCUCACCAGUGGUCUCAUGAAUACCACAGAGAAAUUGGAUGCCAUAUUCAAACCAGUGACCACUUCACCUCCACCUUUGAGUAGUCCUAACAUGGAGACACUUUCCACUUCUGAAUUCUCCACAGAUACAGUGAAAAUUCUUCCUUCCAUGCACACCACAAUGACCACAGAGGGUUCCAACAGUUCUGGCCAUGAACUUAGUUCCUCUGGCUCAAAUUUCUCUGAGUCCUCGAGGAUCACAUAUCCUGCUUCCUCCAUGGAUGGAAUCACUCUUUCCACAUCAAAGCCUUCCUCCUUUGAGACCACAACAUUUGAGACCAAGAUACUUUCCCAUCUGACGCCUGGACUGAAGGAAACAAGCGUGACCCUGCAUUUCAGCUCCAGCACACUCACGAACACACCUGCAUCGGCUCUGUCCACUCAUGAUUUGAAGAGUCCCAAGAUGGAUGUUACCUCUUCUGUGACAUCAUCAGCCCCAGUUCAGUCUCUGUCUACACAGGAUACUGACGUUCCAAUGAAAACAGUCACACACUUUUAUGCUUCUCCCUCUGUAAUAGGAUCUGCUGGCGUAACUCUCCCAGAAUCCAGUCUUUCUAUGCCUGUAUCAACAAGUAACCAUCACCUACACACAGAUAUGCGGUCUUCAGCUGAGACCAUUCUUACUAACACACUGACAUCUCCCACGUCAGAGGCCAUGGCUUCCUUUGCCAUAUCUGGAGUUCCAGGUACCAUCUCAGCUACCUCCUCAGAUGGUCCAUUUUCUAGGACAGAAUCAGACCCCAAGGAGGAUAUCAGGUCUACCACUGCAAACGGUCUAUCUUCUUCAGCUUCAACACCAUUCCCCUCUUCAACCUUACAUACCACUGAUCAUUCAAUGAGCUCCCUUUCUCAUUGGAUUACUUCCUCCGCAGCCACCCCAAGCACAGUAGACACCAACCUUGACACAGAGAGCAGAAGGACGAGUGAAUUACCCUUGGUUACAACCAGUACUCUGCAGACUUGGACCCAGCCAUACAGGACAUCUUUGCCACCCACUGUGGACACUAGAAUGACAGGGAGUGUUGGUUUGGGAACAGUAACAAGUUCUUUUCGAGUUAUUCCACACUCAACACAGUCAACAAGGACUGAUGACAUUGUGAAGCAUAUCACAAAGAUACCCAAUAAAGCAGCCCAUGGAGGCACCACCAUCCAUAUUCCCCAGGCAUCUGCAUCUGCUAGUCUAACAGGAUUAUCAACAAGAGGGACAGAGAGGACAGAGACCACUGCCACAGCUCUGAAGACCACAGUGACUACCAGAGUGUCUACUCCCACUUCAGGAAUGCUGCCUCUCCUCAGGACAUCAGAUAAGAAGGCCAGCACAAGCACAAUAGGAACGAUCAUCACAACCCCAGAUAGUCCAAAGAUGACAGCCUCUUUGACCACCAGAUCCGGAGAUGAGACCAGCACCGCAGUUCCUAUGACAACCCCAUCUAUUUUCAGUAGAGUACCAGAGACUACACCCUCACUGGUCCCUAGUUCUGGGGUAGAGACCAGCACUGUAGUUCCCAUGACAACCUCAUCUAUUUUCAGUGGAGGACCAGAGACUACACCCUCACUGGUCCCUAGUUCUGGGGCAGAGACCAGCACUGUAGUUCACAUGACAACUUCAUCUAUUUUCAGUAGAGGACCAGAGACUGCAACCUCACUGGUCCCUAGUUCUGGGGCAGAGACCAGCACUGUAGUUCCCAUGACAACCUCAUCUAUUUUCAGUGGAGGACCAGAGACUGCAACCUCACUGGUCCAUAGUUCUGGGGCAGAGACCAGCACUGUAGUUCCCAUGACAACCUCAUCUAUUUUCAGUGGAGGACCAGAGACUACACCCUCACUGGUCCCUAGUUCUGGGGCAGAGACCAGCACUGUAGUUCCCAUGACAACCUCAUCUAUUUUCAGUGGAGGACCAGAGACUGCAACCUCACUGGUCCAUAGUUCUGGGGCAGAGACCAGCACUGUAGUUCCCAUGACAACUUCAUCUAUUUUCAGUAGAGGACCAGAGACUGCAACCUCACUGGUCCCUAGUUCUGGGGCAGAGACCAGCACUGUGGUUCCCAUGACAACCUCAUCUAUUUUCAGUAGAGGACCAGAGACUACACCCUCACUGGUCCCUAGUUCUGGGGCACAGACCAGCACUGUAGUUCCCAUGACAACUUCAUCUAUUUUCAGUAGAGGACCAGAGACUGCAACCUCACUGGUCCCUAGUUCUGGGGCAGAGACCAGCACUGUGGUUCCCAUGACAACCUCAUCUAUUUUCAGUAGAGGACCAGAGACUGCAACCUCACUGGUCCCUAGUUCUGGGGCAGAAACCAGUGCAGCUGUUCCAACUCUGACUGUUUCCUCAGAUGAACCAGAGACCACAACCUCAUGGGUCACCCAUCCUGCAGAGACCAGUCCAGCUGUUUCCAGGGCAAUCUUGAAUGUUUCUCCUAGUGAAUCAGACAGCACACCCCCAACAACUACAAGUUCUGGGAAAGAAGUCAGUACAGCUGUUCCAACUCCAACUAUCUCCCCUGAAGUACUGGGGAUGGUGACCUCACUGGUUUCUAGUCCUGGGACAGAGACCAGCUCAGCUGAUCAAACUCUGGCUGUUUCCCCUGGUAAGCCAGAAACAACAGUCUCCUUGAUUACCCAUCCUGGGACACAGACCAAUUUAAGUGUUCCAACCCCAACUGUCUCCCCUGAUGUAUCAAGGGUGGAAAUCUCACCAACCACCAGUUCUGGGGCAGAGACCAGCACAACUUUUUCAACUACAACUGUUUUCCCACAUGAACAAGAGACAACAGCCUCAUUGGUCACCAAUCAUGGGACAGAAGCCAUUUCCAUUUUUUCAACUUUGACUGUCUCCCCUGAUGAACAAGAUACAACAGCCUCAUGGCUCCAUUCCACAGAGGCCAGCACACCUGAUUCCAAAACAACUCUGAAUUUUUCCCCUAGAGAAUUAGACACCACAUCUUCAGCACCCACCAGUCCAGGGGCAGAAGCCAGUUCAGCCACUCCAGUGAUGACUAUCUCACCUAGCAAACCAACUUCAACUGGGUUCCUGCAUGAAUUAGAGUCAACAGUGUCCUUGGUCACCCAGCCUCCAGAGUCUGACCCAACUGUUCCUAAGACAAUGCCUAUUUCCCAUAAUGAAUCAGAUACCAUGCUCUCAGUGGUCACCAGUCUUGGAGCAAAAGUCAGUUCUGUCCCAACUACAACUGUCUCACCUGGCGUAUCAGGAAUGAUGACCUCACCGGUUACCAGUUCCACAGCAGAGACUAGUUCAACUUCUCCAACUCUGACUGGUUCCCUACAUGAACCAAAGACCACAGCCUCAUGGGUCACUCAUUCUGAGACAAAAGUCAGUUCAACUGUUCCAACUAUGACUGUUUUCUCUGAGAAGUCAGAUACAACAGUCUCUUUGGUUACCCACCCUGAAGAGACCAGCUCAACUGUUCCCAGGAAAACCUCCAGUGUUUCCCAUAGUAAAUCAAACACCACAUUCUUAGUGGCUACAAGUCCUGGGGAAGAAUUCAGUUCAGCUGUCCCAGCUACAACUGUCUCACCUGCUGUAUCAGGGAUAGUGACCUCACAGGUUACCAGUUCUGUGGCACAGACCAGUACAACUUUUCCAACUGUGACUGAUUCCAUGUACAAAUCAGAGACAACAGCACCAGGGGUCACCCAUACUGAGAAAGAUGCAAGUUCAGCAAUUCCAACUAUGACUAUUCUCCCAGGGAAGCCAGAUACAACAGUCUCACUGGUUACCCAUCUUGAAGAGACCAGCCGAAGUAUUCCCAGGACAACCCCCAAUGUUUCCCAGAGUGAAUUUGAUACCACACCUUCAAUAGCCACUAGUCCUGGGGCAGAAGGCAGUUCAGCUGUCCCAGCGAUGACUAUCUCACUUCGUGUACCAGAGAUGAUGACCUCACUGAUUACCAGUUCUGUUGCAGAGGCUAGUACAACUAUUCCAACUCUGACUGAUUCCACACACAAACCAGAGACAACAGCCUCAGGGAUCAUCCACUCUGGGACUGAAACAAGUCCAGCUGUUCCAACUAUGACUGUUUCACCUGGGAAGCCAAAUACAACAGUCUCAGUGGCCACCCAUCCUGAAGAGACAAGUCCAACUUUACCCAGGACAACCCCCAAUGUUUCCCAUACUGAAACAGACACCACAUUCUCAACAGCCACCAGUCCUUGGACAGAAUCUAGUUCAGCAGUCCCAGCUACAACUGUCUCACCUAGUGUAUCCAAGUUGGUGACCUCUCUGGUUACUAGUUCUGGGGAAGAAAUUAGUACCACUCUUCCAACACUGACUGCUUCUCCAGGUCAAAUGGAAACCACAGCCUCAUGGGUGACUCAUUCUGAGCCAAAAGCCAGUCCAGCUAUUCCAACUCCAACUGUUUCCACUAGUGUAUCACAUAUAGUGAACCCACAAGCCACCAGUUCUGAGACAAAAACUAGUAUGGUUAUUCCAGCUCUGACACUUUCUCCCUUUGAGCCAAAGACCACAGCCUCAUUGGUCACUCAUCCUGAGAUGCAGGCCAGUUCAGCUACUUCAGUUGUCUUCUCUACUAUGCCAAGGUUGGUGACCUCACUUUUCACAAGUUCUGGGACAGAGACAAGUACAGCUUUUACAAUUCCAACUGAUUCUUCACAUAAACCAGAGACAGCAGCCUCAUGGGUCAUGCAUUCUAUGGAGACCAAUACUCCUAUUUCUAGAACAACUCCAAGUUUUCCUCAUAGUAAAUCAGACAUCACACCCUCAAUGGCUACAAGUUCUGAGGCAGAAGCCAGUUCAGCCAUUCCAACUACAACUAUCUCCCCUAGUGUACCAGAUGUUAUGAUUUCUCUGAUCACUAGUUCUAGAGCAGAGAUCAGUACAACUUUUAGAACUAUGACUGAUUCUACACACAAACCAGAGGCAACAGCCUUAGCAGUCACCCACUCUGGGACAAAAACAAAUUCAGCUAUUCUAACUAUGACUGUUUCCCCUGAGAAGCCAGAAACAACAGUCUCACUGGUCACCCAUUCCAAAGAUACCAGCCACACUGUUCCAAGGACAACCUCCAAUGUUUCCCAGGGUUUAUCGGACACCACACCCUCAAUGACUACCAGUCCUGCAGCAGAAGUCAGUUCAGCUGUCCCAGCUAUGACUGUCUCACCCAGUAUACCAGGAAUGGUGACCUCACUGGUUACCAUUUCUGAGGCAGAGACCAGUACCACUUUUCCAACUCUGACUGAUUCCUUAUAUGAAUCAAAGACCACAACCUCAUGGAUCACCCAUUCUGAGACAAAAGCCAGUUCAGCUGUUCCAACUUUUCCAACUCUGACUGAUUCUACUCACAAACCAGAGACAACAGCCUCAGAGGUCACCCAUUCUGGGAAAGAAACAAGCUCAGCUAUUUCAACUAUGACUGUUUCCGCUGGGAAGCCAGACACAACAGUCUCACUGGUUAUUCAUCCUGAAGAGACCAGUUCAACUGUCCCCAGGACAACCUCCAAAGUUUCCCAGAGUGAAUCAGACACCACAACUUCAACAGCCACCAGUCCUGGGGCAGAAACAAGUUCAGCUCUCCCAGCUACAACUGUCUCGCCUGGUGUAUCAGGGCUGGUGACUUCUCUGGUUACCAAUUCCAUAACACAGAUCAGUACAACUUCUUCAACUCAGACUAAUUCCACACUGAAACCAGAGACUACAGCCUCAGGGGUCACCCAGACUGAAACAAGUUCAGCUGUUCCAAUUCUGAUUGUUUCUCCUGGAAAGCCAGAUACAACAGUCUCACUUGUCACCCAUCCUGAAGAGACCAGUCCAACUGUCCCCAGGACAACCUCCAAAGUUUCCCAGAGUGAAUCAGACACCACAACUUCAACAGCCACCAGUCCUGGGACAGAAACAAGUUCAGCUCUCCCAGCUACAACUGUCUCGCCUGGUGUAUCAGGGCUGGUGACUUCUCUGGUUACCAAUUCCAUAACACAGAUCAGUACAACUUCUGCAACUCAGACUAAUUCCACACUGAAACCAGAGACUACAGCCUCAGGGCUCACCCAGAUUGAAACAAGUUCAGCUGUUCCAAUUCUGAUUGCUUCUCCUGGAAGGCCAGAUACAACAGUCUCACUUGUCACCCAUCCUGAAGAGACUAGCCCAACUGUUCCCAAGACAACCCUCAGUGUUUCCCAUAGUGAAUCAAACACAACACCCUCAACAAACACUAGUCCUGAGGCAGAAACCAGUUCAGCUGUUCCAACUAUGGCUGUUUCCCAUGGGAAGCCAGAUACAACAGUCUCACUGGUUAUUCAUCAUGAAGAGACCAGUCCAACUGUUCCCAGGACAACCUCCAAAGUUUCCCAGAGUGAAUCAGACACCACAACUUCAACAGCCACCAGUCCUGGGACAGAAACAAGUUCAGCUCUCCCAGCUACAACUGUCUCACCUGGUGUAUCAGGGCUGGUGACUUCUCUGGUUACCAAUUCCAUGUCACAGAUCAGUACAACUUUUCCAACUCAGACUAAUUCCACACUGAAACCAGAGACUACAGCCUCAGGGGUCACCCAGACUGAAACAAGUUCAGCUGUUCCAAUUCUGAUUGCUUCUCCUGGAAGGCCAGAUACAACAGUCUCACUUGUCACCCAUCCUGAAGAGACCAGUUCAACUGUCCCCAGGACAACCUCCAAAGUUUCCCAGAGUGAAUCAGACACCACAACUUCAACAGCCACCAGUCCUGGGACAGAAACAAGUUCAGCUCUCCCAGCUACAACUGUCUCGCCUGGUGUAUCAGGGCUGGUGACUUCUCUGGUUACCAAUUCCAUAACACAGAUCAGUACAACUUCUCCAACUCAGACUAAUUCCACACUGAAACCAGAGACUACAGCCUCAGGGGUCACCCAGACUGAAACAAGUUCAGCUGUUCCAAUUCUGAUUGCUUCUCCUGGAAAGCCAGAUACAACAGUCUCACUUGUCACCCAUCCUGAAGAGACUAGUUCAACUGUUCCCAGGACAACCUCCAAAGUUUCCCAGAGUGAAUCUGACACCGCACCCUCAACGGCCACCAGACCUGGGACAGAAACCAGUUCAGCUGUCCCAGCUACAACUGUCUCCCCUAGUUUACCAUAUACAGUGAACUCUGAGACAGACACCACCAUGGCUAUUCUACCUCUGACUCUUUCUCCUGGUGAACCAGCAACCACAGCCUUAUUAGUCACCUCUUCCAGUGCAGAGACAAGCACAAAUUCUCCUGCUUCAACUGUUUUUCCUCAUUUACCAGAAACCACAGCCUCACCAUCCAUCUGGCCUGAGUUGGAGACCAGUACAGCUCUUCCAUCUCAGACUGUUUCCCUCAGUCCACCAGAAACAUUCUCUCUCUUCACCAUACCUGUGACCAUGACAGCCAGAGUUGAUCUAAAUCCAACUGUUUCACUUGGUGUUCCUGCAGAAACAGCCUCAGUCUCCACUGAGGAGACAGAACUCAGCACAGCUAUUGGAAUGUCAGCUGUUUCCCAUGGUUUACCAGAGACCACAGGUUUACUGGCCACCAGUCCUGAAGCCAAGGCCAGUACAAGCCUCCCUGCUCUGACUCUUUCCCCUGGUGGUCUUGGGCCUUCCAGGACCCCUGCAACAACCGUUGAGCUUUAUACUAUAACUUCUGGGAACACAGAAACCUCACCACCUGCAACCUCAGUUGAGCUCUCAGAAUUUCCCAAAAAUGUGACAGGGGACACUGUGACCUUGAGACCAUCAGAGACCACAAUGCAACCUAAAACCAGUCAUGUGGAAGGAUUAAGUACAACCACUAUCCUGAAAACCGCCACUGUUGAGACCACUCAUUUAGCUGCCACAGGUUCAGGCCCCACUGUGGCCGAGACCACAACCACCUUCAACACACUGGCUGGAAGUCCUUUUGCCCAUGUGACCACACCUGGAACAUCCACCUUGGCCUCUGUGAUUGUGACUUCAGGAACAACCAUUUCAGCUGCAAUUCCUUUCUUGAUGCCUUUUACUGUCAACUUCACCAUCACCAACCUGCACUACACAGAAGACCUGGGACACUCGGACUCUAAGAUAUUCAAAGACACUGAGAGAGACCUGCAGCUGCAGCUCAGGCCUUUGUUCAGAAACAGCAGCAUUGGUUCCCGGUACGCCGGCUGUAGACUGACCUUGCUCAGGGCUGAUAAGGAUGAAACAAGCACCAGGAUGGAUGCGGUGUGCACCUACCGCUCAGAUCCCACGGGCUUCAGGCUGGACACAGAACGUCUGUAUUGGGAACUAAGCCAGCAGACCCAGGGUGUUACUCGGCUGGACCACUACACCCUGGAGAGGAACAGUCUCUAUGUCAAUGGUUACAACCAUCGGUACUGGAUCCCCACCACCAGCACUCCAGUGACCUCCACCUUCUCUCCAGGACCUCCAGCAUCUCCAACUUUCAUCCCUAGCUCUACAGUUGCAGACACGGGCCCAGCCCUGGUGCCGUUCACCCUUAAUUUCACCAUCACCAACCUGUUCUAUACCCCAGACAUGGGGCACCAAGGAUCCGAGAAGUUCAACUUCACUGAGAGGGUUCUGAAUCACCUGCUUGGUCCUCUGCUCAAGAACUCCAGUGUCGGCCCACUCUACUCUAACUGCAGACUGACCCUGCUCAGGACUGAAAAGGAUGGAGCAGCAACGGGAGUGGAUGCCAUCUGCACCUACUAUCCUGACCCCACACGUCCUGGGCUGGACAGAGAAAAGUUGUACCAGGAGCUGAGUCAGCUGACUCAUGGUGUCACCAGGAUAGGCAACUACACUCUGGACAGUAACAGCCUCUAUGUCAAUGGUUAUAACCAUCAGUACUGGAUGCCCACCACGAGCACUCCAGUGACUUCUACAUUCUCUCUGGAAUCCUCCACAUCUCUGUCCCCCAUCCUCAGCUCUACAGGCAUGAGCCCUUCUCUGGUGCCUUUCACCCUCAACUUCACCAUCACCAACCUAAACUACACAGACGACAUGAGUCCCCCAGGAUCUGAGCUAUUCAACACCAUGGAAAGGAUCUUGAAUCGCCUGCUCAAACCCUUGUUCUGGAAUAGCAGUAUUGAACUCCUGUAUUCUGGCUGCCGACUGACCUUGCUCAGGCCUGAAAAAAACAGAAGAGCCACUGGAGUUGAUGCUGUCUGUACUCACCGACCUAACCCCAUGGGCCUUAAACUAGACCGAGAGAGGCUGUACCGGGAACUGAGCCAUGAGACUCAUGGUGUCACCCAGCUGGGAUCCUUCACUUUGGACAAGGACAGCCUCUAUGUCAAUGGUUACACCCAAUGGACCUCAGCCUCUACCACCAGUGCUGCUGGGACCUCCCCACCCUUCCCAGGGACCUCCAUGGUGCCAACCCACUUCCCUAGCUCCACAGCAGGAGUCCCUCUUCUGAUGCCUUUCACCCUCAACUUCACCAUCACCAACCUAACCUUCGAGGAGGACAUGCAGAGCCCUGGCUCCUGGAAAUUCAAUGCCACCGAGUUGAUCCUGCAGGGUCUGCUCAAACACAUCUUCAAGAAUAGCAGCAGUCUGGGAUCCCUCUAUUCAGGCUGCAGACUAGCCUUGCUCAGGCCUCAGAAGAAUGGCACAGCCACCAGAGUGGACGCCAUCUGCAUGCAUCGCCCUGACCCCAAAGGCCCUGGAUUGGACAGAGAGCAGCUGUACUGGGAGUUGAGCCACCUGACCCAUGGCGUCACCCUGCUGGGCCCCUACACCCUGGACAGGGACAGUCUCUACGUCAAUGGCUAUACCCAUCAGGCCCCGAACUCCACCCCCAGCAUAGCCAGCCCUGCCCUGGUGCCAUUCACCCUCAACUUCACCAUCAAUAACUUGCACUAUGUGGAGGACAUGCAUCGCCCUGGUUCCUGGAAGUUCAACAAUACAGAGAGAAUCCUGCAGGAUCUGCUCAGACUCUUGUUCAAGAACACCCGUGUGGGCCACCUGUACUCAGGCUGCCAACUGACAUCGCUCAGGCCUGAAAAGAAUGGAGCGGCCACUGGAGUGGAUGCUGUCUGCACCCACCGCCCUGAUCCAGUGGGCCCUGGGCUGGACAGAGAGCAGCUGUAUUGGGAGCUGAGUCAGCUGACACACGGUGUCACCCAGCUGGGCCCCUACACCCUGGACCAGGACAGUCUCUACGUCAAUGGUUACUCCCAUCGGACCUCAGCCACCACUGCCAACACCACUGACCUUCACCUGGUGUCCUUCACCCUGAACUUCACCAUCACCAACAUGCACUACUCGGAGGACAUGGGGCGCCCAUCUUCUCUGAAGUUCAACACCACGGAAAGGAUCUUACAGCACCGACUCAGGGUCUUGCUCAAUAAGACCAGUGUCGGCCCCCUCUAUGCUGGCUGCAGGCUGGAGUUGCUCAGGCCUGAAAAGAGGGGAGCAGCCACUGGAGUGAAUGUAGUCUGCAGCCUCCACUCUGACCCCGCAAGACCCGCGCUGAACAAACAGCAGCUGUACUGGGAACUGAGCCGUGAGACAGAUGGCAUCACCCAACUGGGCUCCUUCAGUUUGGACAGAAAUAGCCUCUACGUAAAUGGUUACACCUAUGCAGCCCUGGCCCCCACUACCACCACUGGGGAGGUCAGUGAGGAGCCCUUCACGCUGAACUUCACCAUCGACAACCUGCGCUACUCUGCAGACAUGGGUCACCCAGGCUCCCACAAGUUCAACAUCACAGACACCCUCAUGCAGCACCUGGUGAGAUGCCUGCUUUCCCAUUCACCCCAUCGUGCCCCUCCUGUGGACCGAUGCCCACAUGUGACCACCAAUGGCUCUCUCCUUUCUCUCCAGCUCAGCCCGUUGUUCCAGAGCAGCAGCCUGGGUGCCCGGUAUGCGGGCUGCAGAGUCAUCUCCCUAAGGUCUGUGAAGAAUGGUGCCAAGACAGGUGUGAACAUCCUCUGCACCUACCGGCAGUCCCCCAGCAGCCCCGGUCUGCUGGCCAAGCAGGUGUUCCAUGAGCUGAGCAGACAGACCCACGGCAUCACCCGGCUGGGUCCCUAUUCUCUGGACAAGGACAGUCUCUACCUCAAUGGUUAUAAUGAACGUGGUCCAGAUGAGCCUCCUACAACUCCCGCACCAGCUACCAUGUUCCUUCCUACUUCACCAUCACCUGUGCAACCAGAAUCCACCACAGCUAUGGGAUACAACCUGAAGACCCUCACACUUAAUUUCACCAUCACCAACCUUCCAUACUCAUCAGACAUGAGCAAUGGCUCCACCAUGUUCAACUCCACCAAGAUGAUCCUGCAUCGCCUGCUUGGAUCCUUGUUCCAGAAGAGCAGCCUGGGCCCCUUCUACUCAAGUUGCAGACUGAUCUCCCUCAAACCUGAGAAGGAUAGUGCGGCCACCAGCGUGUAUGUCAUCUGCACCUACCACCCUGACCCCAUGGGCCACAGGCUGGACAUAGAGCAGCUUUACUGGGAGCUGAGCCAACUGACCCAUGGUGUCACCCAGCUGGGCUUCUUCUACACUUUGGUCAAGGACAGCCUCUUCAUCAAUGGCUAUGCACCCCAGAGUUUAUCUAUCCAGAGGGAAUACCAGCUAAAUUUCCACAUCAUCAACUGGAAUCUCAGCAACCCAGACCCCACAUCAUCAGAGUACAUCGCCCUGCUGUGGGACAUCAGUGACAAGGUCACCAAACUCUACAGAAGCAGCCAGCUACAAGACGUAUUCCUCUCCUGCCUGGUCACCAACUUGACGUUGGAUCCCAUAUCGGUCACCAUCAAGGCCCAGUUCUCCUCCAUAGUGGACUCCAGCAUGGUGAAGCAAGUAUUUCUAGACAAGACCCUGAACGCCUCAUCCCACUGGCUGAGUGCCACCUACCAGCUGACAGAUGUGCACGUGACAGAAGCAGAGCCAUCAAUUCACCUACCCACAGACCAACCAACGAUCACUCCCAGUUUCCGGAAAGUCCAGCUACAUUUCACUGUCACCAACCUAUUCUAUUCUCAAGACAUGAAGCAGCCAGACACUCCCAAAUACCAGAGAAACAAGAGAAAUAUUGAGGAUGCGCUCAACCAGCUCUUCCGAAACAGCAGCAUCAAGACUCAUUUUUCUGACUGUGAAGUCUCAGCAUUCAGGUCUGUCCCUCCAAGCAACCACACUGGGGUAAACGCUCAGUGUAACUUCGCAUUUUUGGCUCGGAGUCCAUACCAAGUUGUCAUCUAUGAGGAAUUCCUGCGUCUGACCAAGAAUGGUACUCAGCUGCAGAAUUUCACCCUGGACAGGAACAGUCUCCUUGUGGAUGGGUAUUCUCCCAACAGAAAUGAUGUUGUGACUGAGAAUUCUGACCUCCCCUUCUGGGCCAUCAUCCUCAUCUGCCUGGCAGGACUCCUGGUGCUCAUCAUGGGCCUGAUCAGCUUUUUCCUGGUCAGAGUUCAUCAGCGGAAGAAGGAGGCAGACUAUGAGGUUCAGCAGCUACAGCCCAAUAGCAUGGGCUAUUACCUGCCACACCCGGACCUGAGGAAGCUGCAGUGAGACCUGCGGAGGUCCCCUUUUCCCAGACAGGUUCCAGAGGAGGUUGGCUGGAACAGAAGUAAACCACGUUGGUCGGACACAACCUCCAGGCCUUUCUUGGCUUGGCCCCCACCUGGUUCACAGUGGACUGAGAGAAAGGGUCUCCCCUUCAUUGCGCUGAAGACAACUGCAACUUCUGUCUGAUGGGUUCACACCCUCAGGGACACCAGGAUUGGUGAAAUAGGCACAGACGUGGCUAAAGAACAAAAUUGACAUCCCACUUAAGUGAGGUUCACCUUCCUAGUCACCCCCUGAACACCUCUCUCCUUGACUCCUGGGCAGCCAUCACCCCAUCUCUAUUCCUCCAUGUUCUGCACCCCCUUCCCCGAAGCCCUGGCAGUCUCAAGUUCCGUGUGAACUACUUGAUUCUCUGAUGUUCAGAUUCCCCAGGAUGUUCACUGACUCCUCUCCUUCAUCACAGGUCCUCCAAGGUAAGAAAUAGACUAAGAGGAAUGAGUGGGUCAGCCAUGAUUCUGCAGUCAGCCCUGGGACUUGGUAUCUGGGAAGACUGAAUCCCAGAGUGGCAGCAAACUCUAGAGAGAUAGAGUCUACUUCGAAUUUAAAGAUGAAUAAAACUCAGGGGAAAGAUCUGAGAGAAAAAAUAAAGACAGUCCCUUUUUUCAUUUUUUUCUGCACUGAAUCUAACUGAACGGUUAAAGCAGAGACUCCCCAACACGCAGCUCAAAGCAUCCCAGGCAUGAUGCUAAUACUGUAGAUGCUCUGUUACUGUUUAAUAUCUCACUCUCAGAAACUGUAAAUCCCAGACUUGCAUGGUGGUCCAGUGACUAGGACUACAUGCUCUCAGUGCAGAAGGCCCAGGUUCAAUCCCUGGUCCAGGAACUAAGAUCCUGCAUGCUAUAUAGCACAGCCAAAAAACAAACAAAAAAAACCCCACAUGAUUUAACCUCUGGGUAUUAAGAACAAUUAAGAAAUUAGCUACAUGACCAAAAUUAAAACUGAAAAUAAAAAGAAAAAUUUCCUGGCAGAAAAAAACA